AUGGCUUCGAAAGAAUACAAGUUCCCGGCUUUUGAUGAGGCGCCCAAAGUCGAGGGCAUGCCCCAAGGUAAUCUCUGGGGAUUCUUCGAUGAAGAUGGAAAGAAGGAUGAAGUAGGAACAAUCAAUCUCCUCACUCCCUCUGUCGUGACGCGCGCAGCGCGCGAAGAAAUCCGCAACGGCACCUCAAUCCAGCUCGACUGGGAACUGCACAAUGUGCAAUUCCCCGGAUUCAACCGCAAGCCGUUUGCGCAAAAACACAUCGACUUCAACACCUUCUCGUCGCUGUGCGCAAACGACGACGAAAUUCACAUCAACACGCAAGCGGGCUCGCAGUGGGAUUCGCUCAAGCACUUUGCGCAUCAAGCGACCGGUACCUACUACAAUGGGCUGACGCAUGCCGAAGCGGCAAAGAGCGAUCGGAAUGGCACGCAUAAGUGGUGUGAGCGCGGCGGGAUUGUGGGCAGGGGUGUGCUGUGUGAUUGGGUGAGGUGGUAUGAGGAGACAAAGGGGAAGGCGGCGCCGAGUGCGGUGUCGAGGCAUGAGAUUCCGCUGGAGGAGGUGGAGGAGGUGUUGAAGUGGCAGGGGACCGAAGUUAGACAGGCGGAUGUGUUGAUUAUUAGGACGGGAUAUGUGAGGUGGCAUAAUAAUGCAACAGAAGCGGAGCGCAAAUCUGGCACCCAAGAUAACAACCUUGCCAUCGGCUUGCAAGCCUCGGAGCGCACCGUCCGCUGGUUUUAUGACCGCCACUUUGCCGCCGUUGUUGCCGACAACCUCGCUUUUGAGGCUUGGCCCCCGAAGUAUACCGAUGGCUGGUGUUUGCAUGAGUGGUUGCUUGUGCAUUGGGGCACGGCGAUUGGCGAAAUGUGGGAUUUGGAGAAGUUGAGUGAGAAGUGUAAGCAGGAAGGGAGGUAUAGCUUUUUCUUGACCAGCGCGCCGUUGCAUGUUAGGGGUGGGAUUGGAAGUCCGCCGGGGGCUAUUGCCAUUUUUUAG